AUGAUCCCAGUAGAGGUUCUUCCGCCAAACGUCGCCUGUGCUGGGCCGAUCAUUCGGUCAGGACCACCAGCUGACCUUCAGGAUCCUGGGACUGCAACUUGGCUCAAAAAAGCUCCUACAGUGCUCUUCAAUCUGAGCAGUAAUCUUGCAUAUGACAAAAGUCCUGCUGAAGUUAUGGCAAUCGCCAUAGCAGCGUUACUGUCCUCUACUGAUUACCAGGUCUUGUGGAAAUUUAAUAAGCUGGGAUACUUUUCUGAUAAUUUCCUGGUGCACUUGAAGCCCUAUCUCGAAAACGAGCGACUGAAAAUGCCAAGUUGGCUUGUAGCAGACCCGGCAUCACUUCUUGAUACUGGAAACAUUGUUACUUCAGUGCAUCACGGCGGUUCGAACUGCUUUCACGAAGCCCUCGUCCGGUGUCACGCAAGUUGUACUUUCUUGUGGGCCGACCUCUACAACUAUGCUGCUCUAGCUGAGACAAGAGGCAUUGGGGUUUGGGGUUGCAGGGAUUCAACGCCCAACUGGACGAGUGAGUGCUUGCUGGAUGCCUUCAUGAAAGGAAUAGAUGGCUGUGGUGAGAGUUUCUUACAGCGACGAGCGAAAUGGCUGGGUGAUAGGAUCAAGGCUGGGAAGAAGGGGCGUGAUGUUGCUGCUGAUGAGAUUGCCAAACUGGCAUACUUGAAAUCAUCAGAGGGGUCUCCGUAG